AAUAGCUAAUAUUUCUGCAUUCACACAAUUGAAAUUAAUAAAUAAAUAAUAAUAUUAGUAUAAAAUAGAUAAUAGUUAAUUUAAAAAAGUUUUUAUAUAUUUCAUAAUUUGUUUUUUAAUAAAUCUUCUAUUUGCUAUAGAGUUUCUUUUUUAUUUUUUUGGUCAAUAAUAGUAAUUAGAAAAUAAACCACACACAAAAAAAAAUAGUAUCACUUUUUUAAGUGAUUAAAAAAAAAAAAAAAAAAAUAUUAAUAAUAUAGACAGUUCAUAUAUAUAUAUAAUAAUAGUUUUAAUGUUUAAAAAAUAUAUUUAGCUUCUCUUCCUAUUUUUUUAUUUUUAAUAUAAUAGAAAAAGGAAAAGAAGAAUUUGGUAAAAUAGUUUUUGUUUGUUUUUUAAAUAAAUGUUAUAGACCCUAAAUAAAUUAGUAUCCAAUAUUUAUUAUUGCAUGUAAAUAAAAAAGCUUUUAGAAAAAUAAAAAUAGAAUAAUUAAAUAAUAUAAAUUUUAAAAAAAAUAAAUGGAUAAUAAUAGUAAUAAUAACAUUUUUAGUUCUAAUAAUGAUAAUGAUCAAAAUCAAUUAGAAAUGGAGGUUGAUAGAGGUAUAUCGGGUGGUCUAAGUAGAAAUGUUGUAUAUGUGGAGGAGGUAUUUCUAGAUGAACAACAGCAACAAGAAGAAGAAAGUGAUCAAGAUGAAAUCGAAAUUUUCAGAAACUAUUUACGUAGCCGUGUUCGUCCAAGUUAUUACAACAAUGAAAAUUUUAGAAUCGACAAUACUGUAGAGGAUAUAGAGUUCUAUGGGGAUGAUAGUAGCCAAGAGUAUGAAGAAGACACCACAAACAAUGCUGUUGAAGAGGAUGAAGAUGAAGAGGAUAGUGCAAAUUAUGAAAUGGAUAUUGUUCAAAACAAUGAAAUCCAACCAGAAACCAGUGAAGAAGUUGAAACUGUACAG